UGAGAAACUCUGCAGCUUGAACUGAUUUGGGGAGAGAAAGGGAGAGAGAAAGGGGUAGGGGGAGGGCGAGAGGAAGGCGAAAUAGCCGAACCAAACCAAUGGUUUUUCUGCAAAGUGCCGGGAAGUUUGUGGAGCACUUUCUAGGAAUCAGGUCCUUUCUCAGUCUCUCCUUGUCUUCCGAAGAAAGAGCUUGCUUUUGGAUUGCCAUGGAUCCUAAAGAGAGUCUUAGUAGACACACUUGAAUAAUUCCCCUGCUUGGGCUGGAUUGGUGGGAAUUUAGGAAGGAGCGUGUGUGCAAAAGCAGAAGCCUUGGAGCUCACUCGCUGCUUCUCUAAUCUGAAUGGAUCUAAAAGUGUCACAUUCAAGACCUUUGCAUCUCCAGCUUUUGCAUUGAAGAUUUCCCUUUCCACUUUAAGUAGCUGCUAGGAAACUGAAAACUUUCGGACCUACCUCUUACUGGCUUUGGAUAUUUUUUUCUUUUUUCCUCUUUUUUUUUUUCUUUUUUCUUUUUUUUUUUUUUUUUAAUCUGUGUGGAAUUGGUCUUCCAAGCGAUCGGGAUUGUUUUUAAUAUGUCAAAAUGGGUCUGCUGAAGCCACUCCUGCUCUUCGGAUUUGCAUUUUUUCAAGUCUACGGAUCCCGUCUCCGCCAAGAGGACUUUCCACCGCGGAUUGUUGAGCAUCCUUCAGAUGUGAUAGUGUCUAAAGGAGAGCCAACUACUCUGAACUGCAAAGCAGAGGGACGGCCGACCCCCACCAUCGAGUGGUACAAGGAUGGCGAGCGGGUGGAAACGGACAAGGAUGAUCCGCGCUCCCACCGGAUGCUGCUGCCCAGCGGAUCUUUAUUUUUCUUGCGCAUCGUGCACGGGCGCAGGAGUAAACCCGACGAGGGAAGCUAUGUUUGUGUAGCAAGGAACUACCUUGGAGAAGCUGUGAGUCGCAAUGCGUCUCUGGAAGUGGCAUUGCUGCGGGAUGACUUCCGCCAAAACCCUACAGACGUGGUGGUGGCAGCUGGAGAGCCUGCAAUACUGGAGUGCCAGCCGCCUCGAGGGCACCCCGAGCCCACCAUCUACUGGAAGAAAGAUAAAGUCCGUAUUGACGACCGAGAGGAGCGGAUCAGUAUCCGUGGUGGGAAGCUGAUGAUCUCCAACACCAGAAAAAGCGAUGCAGGAAUGUACACGUGUGUGGGGACCAACAUGGUGGGGGAGCGCGACAGUGACCCUGCAGAGCUGACUGUUUUUGAGCGGCCCACGUUUCUCAGGAGACCGAUCAACCAAGUGGUGCUGGAGGAGGAGGCCGUGGAUUUCCGGUGCCAGGUGCAGGGGGAUCCCACACCCACAGUCCGGUGGAAGAAAGAUGAUGCAGACUUACCGAGAGGAAGGUAUGACAUCAAAGACGACUACACCCUGCGCAUUAAGAAAGCCAUGAGCACAGAUGAGGGAACCUACACCUGCAUCGCUGAGAAUCGGGUUGGAAAAGUGGAAGCCUCUGCCACGCUCACCGUGCGAGCUCGCCCCGUUGCUCCCCCACAGUUUGUGGUGAGACCACGAGACCAGAUUGUAGCCCAGGGUCGAACUGUGACUUUUCCUUGUGAAACUAAAGGAAAUCCUCAGCCAGCUGUUUUCUGGCAAAAAGAAGGAAGUCAGAACCUACUCUUCCCCAACCAGCCUCUGCAGCCCAACAGCAGAUAUUCCGUGUCACCGACCGGGGACCUCACCAUUACCAACAUCCAGAGGUCUGAUGCAGGCUACUACAUUUGUCAAGCACUGACGGUUGCUGGAAGCAUUUUAGCAAAGGCUCAGCUGGAGGUUACUGAUGUCUUGACAGAUCGGCCUCCGCCCAUCAUCCUCCAGGGCCCCGUCAACCAGACCCUGGCAGUGGAUGGCACAGCUCUGCUCAAGUGCAAGGCCACUGGCGACCCCCUCCCUGUCAUCAGCUGGCUGAAGGAAGGGUUCACCUUCCUGGGCCGGGACCCUCGGACAUCCAUACAGGACCAGGGGACGCUGCAGAUCAAAGCUUUGCGGCUGUCUGAUACAGGGACUUACACUUGCGUUGCUACGAGUUCCAGUGGGGAGACGUCCUGGAGUGCUGUGCUGGAGGUGACAGAAUCUGGUGGAGCAACAGUCAGUAAAAAUUAUGAUAUAAAUGACCUCCCUGGGCCACCAUCCAAACCUCAGGUCACUGAUGUUACUAAGAACAGUGUCACCCUGUCCUGGCAGCCAGGGACCCCUGGAAGCCUACCAGCUAGUGCAUAUAUCAUUGAGGCUUUUAGUCAGUCUGUGAGCAACAGCUGGCAGACGGUGGCCAACCAUGUGAAGAGCACCCUGUACACUGUGAGAGGCCUGCGCCCCAACACCAUCUACCUGUUCAUGGUCAGAGCCAUCAACUCCCAGGGCCUGAGCGACCCCAGCCCCAUGUCAGACCCUGUCCGAACCCAAGAUAUCAGCCCCCCAGCACAAGGUGUGGAUCACAGGCAAGUCCAGAAAGAGCUGGGAGAUGUCAUUGUACGGCUGCAUAAUCCUGUUGUGCUGACACCCACGACAGUGCAAGUCACCUGGACGGUCGACCGGCAGUCCCAGUUUAUCCAGGGCUACCGGGUCCUGUAUCGCCAAACCUCCGGCCUGCCUGCUCCGGCUGUGUGGCAGAACCUGGAGGUCAAAGUCCCCACCGAGCGCAGUGCCGUCCUCGUCAGCCUGAAAAAGGGGGUCACUUAUGAAAUUAAGGUCCGCCCUUACUUCAAUGAAUUCCAAGGGAUGGACAGUGAAUCCAAGUCUGCUCGUACCACAGAGGAAGCCCCAAGUGCUCCUCCUCAGUCUGUCACUGUCCUGACAGUUGGAAAUCACAACAGCACGAGCAUCAGCAUUUCCUGGGAUCCUCCCCCUCCAGACCACCAAAAUGGAGUCAUCCAGGAGUACAAGAUCUGGUGCCUAGGUAAUGAGACUCGAUUUCAUAUCAACAAAACAGUAGAUGCAGCCAUUCGGUCUGUAGUAAUAGGUGGCCUAUAUCCAGGUAUCCAGUACCGUGUGGAAGUUGCUGCAAGCACCAGUGCAGGUGUGGGAGUAAAAAGUGACCCACAACCCAUAAUAAUUGGAGGUCGUAACGAAGUUGUCAUCACUGAAAAUAACAACAGCAUAACUGAGCAAAUUACUGAUGUGGUCAAGCAGCCUGCCUUUAUAGCUGGCAUUGGUGGUGCAUGUUGGGUCAUUCUCAUGGGCUUCAGCAUCUGGCUGUACUGGAGAAGAAAGAAGAGGAAGGGGCUCAGCAAUUAUGCUGUCACCUUCCAAAGAGGAGAUGGAGGACUAAUGAGCAAUGGAAGUCGACCAGGUCUGUUGAAUGCCAGUGACCCCAGUUAUCCUUGGCUUGCAGACUCUUGGCCUGCCACAAGUCUGCCAGUGAAUAACAGCACCAGUGGACCCAAUGAUCUUGGGAAUUUUGGUCGUGGAGAUGUGCUGCCACCAGUGCCAGGGCAAGGAGAUAAAACUGCUACCAUGCUUUCUGAUGGGGCCAUUUACAGCAGCAUCGACUUCACCACCAAAACCAGCUACAACAGCUCCAGCCAAAUAACGCAGGCUACACCAUAUGCCACCACACAGAUCCUGCAUUCCAACAGCAUCCACGAGCUGGCUGUCGAUUUACCAGAUCCGCAGUGGAAAAGCUCAAUUCAGCAAAAAAAUGACCUCAUGGGUUUUGGUUACUCUCUCCCAGACCAAGGCAAAGGCAACAAUGGUGGCAAAGGAGGGAAAAAGAAGAAAAACAAAAAUACUGCCAAGCCCCAGAAAAAUAAUGGUUCAGCCUGGGCCAGUGUUCCCCUCCCACCCCCUCCUGUGCAGCCACUUCCAGGCACGGAGCUGGAGCACUAUGGGGUGGACCAGCAAGAAGCAGGAUAUGACAGUGAUGGUUGGUGUCCGCCUUUGCCAGUUCAGACCUACCUGCAUCAGGGCAUGGAGGAUGAGCUUGAAGAAGAUGAUGAUCGUGUCCCCACACCUCCUGUCCGGGGAGUAGCUUCAUCUCCUGCCAUCUCCUUUGGGCAACAGUCAACUGCAACCCUCACGCCUUCCCCACGAGAGGAGAUGCAGCCAAUGCUUCAAGCUCACCUUGAUGAGUUAACAAGGGCUUACCAGUUUGAUAUAGCAAAGCAGACAUGGCACAUCCAAAGCAAUACACAACCUCCUCAGGCUCCAGUCCCUCCCCUAGGAUACGUAUCUGGAAACCUUAUUUCAGAUUUGGAAACAGAUGUUCCAGAUGAUGAUGAUGAUGAGGACGAUAUUGAAGAAGAAACUGUAGAAAUCAGUAGGCCACUAAGAGGUCUAGAGCAUACUCCAGGCUCCAGUAUGGACAAUCUAGACAGCUCUGUGACAGGUUCAAUGGUAAAUGGCUGGGGUUCUGCGUCUGAUGAGGACCGUAACUUUUCUAGUCAUAGAUCUAGUGUAGGUAGCUCCUCAGAUGACUCCAUCUUUACCAGCGGCACUUUUGCACAAGCACUGGUUGCAGCAGCAGAUAAAGCUGGGUUUAGGCUGGAUGGAACCAGCCUGACAAGAACAGGCAAAGCAUAUUCUUCCUCUCAGAGACCUCGGCCAGGCAGUCCUUUUUCUACUGACAGCAACACCAGUGCAGCUGUCAAUCAGGGUCAGAGGCCGAGGCCCACGAAAAAACACAAGGGCGGACGUUUGGAGCAGCCCUCUUUGCCUCAUCGCCGGGAGGGAAUCACGGACGAAGAGGCACUCGUACCAUAUAGUAAACCCAAUUUCCCGUCCCCUGGUGGCCACAGCUCUUCAGGAACAUCUUCUUCUAAAGGAUCAACUGGACCUAGAAAAGGUGAAGUCUUGCGAGGAGGUCACCAACGCAAUGCCAGUGACCUUCUCGAUAUAGGCUAUGUGGGAUCAAACAGUCAAGGACAGUUUACUGGUGAAUUAUAGUAGUUGAGAAGACACAUUGCAAGCUGCUCUGAUGGACCAUCAGGUCUGAACUCAUGGAAGUGAUGACACUAAACAGUGCAAUGAACAUUUUCUUUAUUUAUGUACUAUUAAAAGAACUGUAAAUGCAAUGUAAAGACACACAGCCACACAUAUCCCACAGAUACUUUACUUGUGUUCUUCUCUUUAAUACACCAUCCACCUUAAACUAUUCCUUGUCAGGAGUAUAUAAAAAAAAAGAAAGAAAAAAAAAAAAUCACCCUCCAGGAUUAAAAGGAUUUCCUUCUGUAUAUAAUUUCUUUUGUUGCAUUGCUAUGCAAGCUCACCUUCUUUUUAGCUAUGUUCAUAUUCAUGUCUGUUUUUACUGGUCUGUUGUACUAUAUGUGAAUUAAUAGGCUGUGGUGCCAUAUAUUAACUUUUAAUUGUGUAACUUUUAUGUUUAAAGUUUGCACUGCAAUUUUAUUUGGUGAUAAGCACAAAACUCUACUCCUCAUGACAUGAAGAAAAAAGAGACUGAAUGUGUGAAGAAGGUUUACGUCCUGUAAGCUAUUUUGGAUAAUGCUGGAUGUAAAGGAGUAUGUUAGGUGGUUUUCCAUUGGGGUGUAGAAAUGAGAAAGUGACAGGCAAAACUGAUGUCAGUGAAGACAUUAGAGACAGAUUUAAACCUUUUAAAAGCAAGCAACAUAGUUGCUCUUCCUAUUUAAGAAGGGGUCAGAAGCUGGAAGUGUGAGAUUAAAGAGUGAAAAUGAAAACUAAAGGGAGCAUGAGAUGGCCUAGACCCUUUCACUAGAUACCCUUAGUAUCUGCUUUUAGCCGUCCCAUGCCACUAAGUAAAGGGGAAGAAAAACAAACCUUGCUACAAAUAAAAGAACUUAAGGUGUUUCACUAAAGCUGUUUUUAUUUUGCAGUUUUAAAAGAAUUAUUACCAUUAAUUUCUCCAGCCCAAAAUAUAGGACAGAGAUUUUCCAGGAGAGACAAACCAUAUAAACACAAGGGAUACCUAGUAAGAAGAUAAGAAUGCAAUUUAUUAUUAAGACAUAUUCAGGCUGCUUCCAAAAAAUUGAAAUGUCAGAGUAUCUUAUUUCAUCUUUCCAAUACAUGUACAGUACGAUAGAGGAUAAAGCUGCACCACUGAAAUUCAUGACAUUAAUUGUUUUGAUUGCAGUCUACACAACCUUUUCUGUUCCAUACCUGAAGUCUGCAAGAGCUGAAGUUGGAUCCAC